AUGCCUUUGCUACUCAAGGACAAUCUCCUUGAGCUGCAAAACAGCAUACCUAUCAACAAUCUACCCAAAGUAUUUCGAGAUGCGAUAGCAAUGUGUCGUCGCCUUGGCAUCGACUAUAUUUGGAUCGAUUCACUUUGCUUAAUCCAAGACGAUGCCAUAGACUGCGAGCGGGAUAUUGCGAAUAUGGGCAACAUUUACACGAAUGCAUUUCUCAACUUCGGGGCGACUGGUGUAGCCGAUUUUCCAGAAUGGGGACUCUUCUAUGAGAGUAAUCAAGACGACCUACUGCCCUUCCACGUUCCAGUCCAUCGUAAAGGGCAUGUGUUAGACUACCUCGUAUGCAAUUUCGACUCAUGCCGUGUACCGGGAUCUACAACAUUGAUGUCACGUGGAUGGGUUCUACAAGAAAGAUUGCUCAGCCGCAGAUCGAUUUACUUUGACGAUGUCUUAUCUUGGGAGUGCCAUGCCAUGCUGGCGAAUGAAGUGUUUCCUGGAGGCAUACCUUGGGAUCGUGAUUCGUUACCGUAUUGGGGCAUCCACCAGCCAUUCAAACUAUCAAGACUCUUGGACAUAGAAGACUCGAAGCACGAUGCCAAACAUAAGAAAGCCAAGCUGUACGAGAGAUGGCGUCUUGUCUGCAUGGCAUUUGCCAAAUGUAGGUUGACUUACUCGACCGACGCAUUGCCUGCGAUCUCGGGUCUGGCAAGAGCUUUCGGUCGAGCUCUUGAUGAUGUUUAUCUCGUUGGACUCUGGCAGAAAGAUCUCAUAUUAGGUCUGCCUUGGCCUCGCACGCACAAUCAUGAAGCCACAAAAUACCUAGUCUUCAUAGCCCCUUCAUGGUCGUGGCUAUCAGUAGCCUGCGCAGUGGACUUCAUUGCAGAGCGACACGCGAGUUGGGGCAUUAGGACUAUGAACGAUCAAAUGCAAUCAUCGCGGAGUAAAUUGGGCACAGCUUCCAGACUGAAAGCAGCGAUCCCAUGGGCCGGGUAUUCGCUGGUCAAGUCAAACUCCUCUGCCAUGUUCGACCAGCUUCACAAUCGAAUCACCCACGAGCAAUUCGACGGCGGUUACAAUGGAAAUUGGCAAAGAGACGUUCAAGGGUCAUGGUACUGCGUACUUGCUCAGCACGAUCGAAGUCUGUACAAACUAUAUGAAACUGACCAUGACGAAAAGCGUGGCAUGGCGCGCGGUCACAUCAACGGCUUGAUCCUUGAGAUCGCACAAGAAAACCCCAGAAUGUUCCGAAGAAUUGGUUGCUUCACUCAUCCGUGGAUUGCGGAAGGAUCGAAGUCCAUGCCAGAGUAUCCGGAGUUCGCGGACGUGGUUGAUCCGCAGUCCCUGGAGCGCGAGGAAAUCACCAUAAUCUAG